AUGGUGCUUCUUACUUCGUCGACGGUCUCGGUCAUCAUAUCCACUGCAGUCAUUUGUACCUUUACUUUUUUGCUCUUCCUUUCGGGGUAUGUCCUGCAACAGCAGUCCGUCCGAAGUAUUCAGCAUGCCAUCCGACCGCCUCCUCCACCCCCGGCGGCGGUUCCGGUGGGAACAUACCAAGGGGCCGAGCAAGAGUUCCUCUCCGAUAGAGUCGCCGAUAAGCAGCACAAGAGGGAUGAUGAUGCUGGUUCCACACAAGCAACGACAGGCAACUUUGCAUACCUCCAGCUUCUCUCCACUCCCGAUCCGUCUAACAUCUGCUCCGCCAUCCUCUUCUUUAAGCACCUAGCGACCAAUGGUACUGCAGUCCAGGACAGGCUGUUCAUGUAUCCGCGUGAGUGGGACCUGAUGCCCACUAAGGAGCUUACCGAACCGGUCGCCACGGCCCUCUCUCUGCUGAGAACGGCAAGUCUUGAGUACGGCAUAUGGCUUCUGCCCAUUGAUAUGACGCUAGCCACUUCUGAAGGCUACAAGCCUACCGAUACAAAGCUGCUGCGGCUGGGACAGAUUCAGUUUAUGCAAUAUGACAGUGUCCUCUAUGUGCAAACGCCUGGUUUGCUGCUCGACACCGCCAAGUUGGAUGCUAUGCUUCUCUCCAGACCGCUGCCAUUGCGACAUGACAAGAACAGACCCGAAUCUUUCAACAAUGAAGCCUGGCUCCCUAUGCCCCUGAGAGCAGAGAGAGACUCAGCCCUGCCUCCUGUAUACCUGAUUACGGUGAACAGUGUGGAAAACGGCCAUAUCGAAGCUCGUGGCCAUGUUCCAAGCACAGAUGUUCCCGGAUUUAGUCAUCUGGUCACGGGACCUGAGGGCAUAAUGUCGCCCAACGAAGAUGGUUUCAACUCUGAUGAGCAACCAGGCUAUGUAUAUUUUGAGCAGGAUGAUGAAGGUCAUGUUAAAUGGACCCAUAACCCAUUGUUCGGAUCUUGGCGGGUUGGGCAAAAUGAGGUAUGCGAAGGCCUCAACCUUGAUGAUGCAGUGCACGAUGACUAUGAUUUGUGA